AUGGCAUCAUUGGGUUCUGUCGUGGGUAGCCUUCUAGGUGGCUUUGUAGGAUCGACUCUUGGUUGGAAGUGGGUGUUCUGGAUACCAGCUAUUGCAUCCGCCUUUACAACUGCUGCUGGCUGGUUUGUCACAGCUAGUCAUACAACGAGAAUCGCUCCUCGAGGGAUAACCGAGAAUGCUGAGAGCAGUAAGAAACCCUAUGUCGACUGGAUCGGGGGAGGUCUCGUAUCAUCCAGCCUGACAUUGCUUCUUGUUGCCAUCGCGCAAGGAAACGUCUCCGGUUGGUCUACGCCUUGGAUACCGCCGCUAUUGGUUGUGUCUGUAUCACUUCUAGGGGGCUUCAUCUUCUAUCAGCGCCGGUUGGAGAUAGACCCAGACCGUAUACCUCUGAUGCGUAUGUCCAUGUUCGCGAAGAAACAGUUUUCUGCACUAUUUGUGCUGGUCGGUUGUUUCUACGCGUCGUUUAAUGGGUUUCUUGUGUUUGUCACAUAUUUCUAUCAGAAGUACCAAGGACUGGGGGAGUUGCAGACGACACUUCGAUUUCUUCCUGCCGGGAUAUCAGGCUUACUCAUAUCCUUUGCCGUGUUUCCAGCACUAAAUCUUCCUUACUUUAUUGUACUUGUUGUUGGCCUUUCAUGCAGCGUUGUAUCUCCAUUCCUCUUCGCAAUACCAUCAAUUCCGCCAACUACUACUUAUUGGGCAUGGGGAUUCCCUGCUAUGUGUCUUUGUAUGAGCGUUGAAAUUGUUUGGCCUGUGUUUAGUCUGCUUACUGCUAAGUCUCUAGCGCAAGAAGAUCAAUCUCUUGGUGGUGGCCUUCUUCAAACGGUGAACAAUGUCGGCCGUGCUUUGGGAUUGGCAAUUGCGACGGCUAUACAGACUGCUGUUGCUGGGGAUAUCAAUAAUGAACAAGGAUCGAAUAUAUACUUGGACGGAUUGAGAGCUGCACAGUGGUUUAACUUUACACUGGCCGUCACCGGGAUAUUACUAGCUUUAGUCUUCUUUAGAGGUUUAGAUAGGUCAUAA